AUGCACCACGUACUCAAGGCAUCCCCGAAUCUGAACUUGAAGAUAGGGAUACGUAUAUGCCGACGAACAAAGACAAUACUAACCACCUACGAACCAUCUAAUAAAACCAAAAUCCCCAAAGAAGUCGAUAACUUCAACAAAUCAAUACAAAAGCACGGAAAAAAGAGUCGCGAAGUUAAAUCCUCAGUACCGUCAAAAACCCCACAUUUACACACCAACCUUAACCUGAAUCCCACCAAACACAGGAAAAACCGUUAUGAAAAUUCGAGUAGCUACCGAGCAUUUGUACGAUGGGAAGUGCUUAGACAGAAUUCAAAACCAAAUGAUGCAAUACACUCAUUCAAUUUUUUGAGAGGACAAAUCAAUUUGGCAAUCAAGGAUAACAUUGAGAACAACGCUUACCUAAUAGAUUUACUUAUCGCCGAUGCGUUAGAAUACUAUGACAUUACCAACGCUGUGGAUCUCUUUAUCUGGUUUUACGCGAAUAGUAAACAAACACCCCCCUCAACACAAUUGGCAGAUAAAAUUAUGGGUGGACUUGCUUUCUCAAACCCGAUGCACGACGAGAAGCUACUAACCAAAUUCUUACAAUUGAUGGAAUUUAUGCUAAAAAAAAUUCCCAGUUAUGAACUAUCCGAAUACCACGCUACUCAAAUAUGUGCAAAAGCCAUGUCAGUUGUGAAUAAUCCAUUAUUGAUCAAGAAGGUGCUGGACCACGUUUACGAAAUACCUUACACAAAUAGCAACACGCUGAGAAAUGCUCAAGUUUUGGCAGCAUAUCGGCUUAUAAACGAAGAUUACAAAAAAGCCAACCCCUCUGGUGUAUUCUACCAGUGGACGGCAAUAAAAAAUCAUUACACUUCCCUUGACAAACAUGACUCAAGGAUACUGUACCGCGUAAUAAAACUUUUCACGAACCAAAAAUCGUACCGCUUCAGGUGUAAAGAAAUUUUGACAAAACUCGAACCGGAUUUUUACGUCAACAAUCCUUUGCUUCUCCCGUGUUUUGUCAUUUUCUCAGUAAAAACCAACGAUUUCAAACUGGCAACUAAGAUAAUGUCAGACAUAACGUCAUACGCAACCACUACUACAAAAACUACAAAUCUCAACUCCAAAUUCAUGCUUUCAACUUUACUAAGACUCCAUCUCAACUUUAAGGACUCAAGCGGCGUACAAAAUGUCUUGAACACAAUACAAAAAAAUACAACCGGUUUGUCUCCAGCUGACUACCAAGCAAUAGUGUCACACUUGAUGACAACUGGAAAAGAACCAGAUUUGGAUAAAGCAAUAACAAUCACGACGACAAUAAAAGGAAUUAGUGCUUUACCUUCAGCAGUCGCAAUAAUCAAUCAUGUUGCGAGUGCACAUUUCAUGCAAAACCAUAGCACAAAAGCAUAUUCUACAUUGGAAACCAUUCUAAGAUUUGCUGAUAAUAUUGACAAAAAGCAUAGAAACAAAUUGUGGGAUAUUUUGGCCUCGAUUUUUGUGAACAGCUUAACAUCUUAUGGAAAAUUUGGUAAAAACCAAAAAGAAGGUAUAAUUUUACAAGAAGCCAAGCAAAAAGCCAAGAAAAAUACAGAGUUCCUAAGGUUUCUUUAUCUUAAUUCAUUAACAAAAAUGGAACAUGAAUCAACAGCUGAUCCAUUCAACAUGACGAGCCCGAAAGAUAUUAUUUUAAAACUCACUAAAUCUAACAAACUAGUGAUUUUAAGGACAAUAGCCAAAGAAGCCAGAUUCGCGAAUAGAAUAGAUUUGUUAAGAUGGUGCAUUUCAGAAAUGAUAAAAUGCGGAAUGCCUAUGAAAGAAAUUGAGCUUGAUUGGAAUACAAUGGAGAAACAUCAAGUGAGACGAUACGCGUUUACAAACAUCAAGUGUCUGUCCAAAAAUGUCGACAACCACGGAAUAAAGAAUUUUAAGAACGUAAUUAACUAA